AUGACAUUUCCAUUACACAAUAGCUUACCUCGAACACAUGAGGGGUUUUUAAGCCAAGAGGAUCCAGAUUUUAAUAUUAACGACACCCCAUUCACUACUAUCCCUGGUAUACAUAUGGUUUAUUCAUUCCCCCUGGACUAUAUGCAUUUGGUGUGUUUAGGUGUUAUGAGGACAAUGUUGUAUAUUUGGAUGUUUGGGCCAGUCCCUUUAAAACUGCCGAACAAAAUUAUUGCUAGCAUUUCUUCAAAAUUAGUUUCCCUGAAGCCCCACAUUCCCUUAGAUUUUUGCAGAAAGCCCAGACCUCUUGAUGAAGUAAAAAGGUGGAAAGCUACUGAGUUUAGGCAGUUUUUGCUUUACACCGGACCACUUGUGCUCCAUGACAUUUUGCUUCCAGAUUAUGAACACAUUUAUAAAAACUUUUUGUCCCUUCAUAUCUCUAUGUCUAUUCUCUUGAACAAAAGCUUAUCUUCCAACCACCAACAGUAUGCCAAAGAUUUAUUGAUUAAUUUUGUUAAAACAUUUCAGUCGCUGUAUGGACAAAAGUACAUUACCCAUAAUUUUCAUGGCCUAACCCAUAUCGCCGAUGAUGUAACGGUGUUUGGCCCUCUAGAUAAUUGUAGCGCCUUCAAAUUUGAAAACUAUUUGUAUUCUUUGAAGAAAUGUGUCAGAAAAGGAAGUAGACCACUCCAACAAGUGGUGAAGAGGUUGACAGAAUCAUCAAAUUUUUCAAGUACUGAAAGAAAACUGAACAGAUCAUUCCCCUUUUUUGAACAACAACAUUACAAUGGACCGAUUUUUGAUGGAUGCAAUCCAAAUAAACAAUACAACUCAGCAGUUUGUCAAAAUUUUAAAAUAACCACCUCUGCUCCAAAUUCUUGUUGCUUGAUAAAUGAUGGGAGUAUAGUCAUAAUUGAAAACUUUAUCUACUCUACAAAAGCUGAAGCAAUCGUUAUUAUUUGUAGACAUUUCAAGAAUAUAAGGGAUUUCUUUGGAUUGCCUUUCUGUGCAAGUAGACAGUUAAACAUUGCUGUUGUCAGUGAUUUGUCAAACAUGGAGAUCAGGCCAUUUUCUAGCAUAAAAGAAAAAAUGGUGCUAUUAAAAAUUCAGGACAAUAAACAUCUAGCACUACCGCUGCUUCACUGCUGA